AUGGCAAGCACCAAUUUAGCUAAGCUAGAGGUCUUUUUUCAAGAAUACCCUAUCAAAUUUACGCCUCCCUCUUCUGCUGAGUUUUCCACGGCAAUCAAUAUCUGGAACAAGUCCCGCCGCGAUAGACCGCUGGCCGUUGUUCAUCCAGCAUCCCCCUCUGAAGUCGCGGCAAUUGUCAGAUUUGCCAAAGCCAAUGCGAUUCCAUUCACUUUACGCUCUGGGGGCCACAACUUAGAGGGUCUCACUCUAGUUAACGAUGUAUUACUCAUCGAUCUGCGCGGCUUGAACAGCGUGACUGUUGCAGCAGAUCGCAAGUCUGCCACGGUCCAAGGCGGGGUUCCGCAGGGUGAUCUUGCCAACAAGCUAUGGGCGGAAGGUCUAUCGACACCAAUUGGAUCAGUCCCAAGUGUAGGCUAUGUCGGUUGGGCUAUAUACGGCGGCUACGGACCCUUUUCAUCAUCUUGGGGACUGGGAGUCGACCAAAUCAUUAGCGCGACAGUCGUUAAUCCCAAUGGAGAUAUCGUAACGGCCGAUGAAGAUAUUCUGCAAGGGAUCCGCGGAGCUGGAGGGCUUUUCGGAGUAAUUAUUGAUCUUACCAUCAAGAUUUAUCCUCUCACUAGUAGGUUUCCCCCACAACUUGGUAUCCAACAAGCCGUCAUCAACACCCCAGCCGGGCGCUCCUUUGUCGCACUAUGUGCCUGGAAUGGUUCUGAUGUCACCGAAGGUGAACGAUGGAUCGCAAAGAUUGCUGACCUGGCUCCUAUACUCAUGAAUACUGUCACCAGUACCACAAUCCCAGAAUGGCUUGCUGCCAACGGUGCACUCAUCCAGGAGACAAUGUACGGCUCUGGUUUCUCGCACAAUAUCGCUCGCAUCACUCCAACUGUUGCUGAAUCUAUUGGGCGUAAUCUUGCGUGUAUGCCGACUGAUCCUGGUGCGAUGUAUUCCGUCCAUCAGCUACGCGGGCCAUCAGCUGCGCCACAAAGCCACUUAUCCGUAUUUGCGACCCGCAAGCCACACUAUAUGUUAGAGAUUUUAGGUUUCGCAAAGGAUAAAGAAGGAGAAGAUCAAUCUGUGGCGUGGGCGCAUCAGAUGUCUGAGGACAUUGAGAAAACCGACCGGAGUAUUGUCCUGCCGACGGUUUACCUGUCGGUUUAUAACUCUUCUCAAGCGAGAUCAUCGGUGGAACUACUGAAAAAAGCGUAUGGGCCUCAUGCGGAGGCGUUACGGGAAUUGAAGACGAGCUUUGAUCCCGACAAUGUGUUCAGCUUGACGGUACCGGUGCUGGAUUAA